AUGGCUUCCAAGUAUGUGGUUGAACCCCCGCCGGGCGAGACGCGGUUUUCAGGAGAGUCCAUCCAGGCCAAUAUGGCAGCGUGCGCCAUCACGACAGCCCUGAUCGCCCUGGCUGUCGUUGCCCUCCGCCUGUACACUCGCUUCUUCCUCACAGAGGCCAAGUUCCAGCUCGAUGAUGCAUUCGUCUGCUGCGCGGCAAUAUGCUCCAUCAUUCUGAUUCCGGUCUCGUACGAGAUCAUGGCCACCGGUGUCGGACUGCACCUAUGGGACGUAACCAUGGAGCAGUACUAUCCAGGGCUCAACGUCUGGACCCUCGUCGCCACGCUCGUCUACGCCUGGGCCGUGAUCCUCUCGAAACUCUCCAUCCUGGCCUUCUAUCUUCGUCUCUCCCCCCAGCGCUGGUUCCGUGUGAUCACCUUUUCGCUCAUGGGUGCGGCUACCUGCUAUGUGAUGAUCUACACCUUCAUGUUCAUCUUCCGCUGUGAUCCCAUCGAGAAGGGCUGGUACAAUUUAAUAGAUGGCCGCUGCAUGGACACCCAGACCAUCAUGACGGUGCUCAGUGUGUUGAACAUUGUCAUGGAUGUCAUGACGCUGUUACUCCCUAUCCCAGUCAUCAUGAAGCUCAACAUGCGACUCGCCCAGCGCAUAUCCAUCAUCCUGAUCAUGUCUUCGGGUGUCUUUGUGUGCGCCAUCGCCAUCCAGCGUACCGUCCAGAUGCUUGGGGCUCUCACGUCCGCUGACUAUACGUGGGAUAUCACCGAGCAGUUCUACUGGUCGUACCUGGAGGUCAACGCCGGCAUCCUGUGUGCUUCAGUGCCAGCUCUGAAGCCGUUCGCUAAGCGGCACUUGGCCACAGUGUUUGGAGGCUCUUCGCAGCGAUAUGGGGCCAGGAAUGCGCCGUCCAGCGGGCCUGAAGGCACAGAGCAGGAUACAGAUGCCAUCAUGAUGCGGUUGACUCCAAAGCGCUCCAGCUAUACGCGGUUUUAG